GCUGGGUGCCGAGCGGAUCUAGGGUAGCUGGGUAGCCCCAGCCCGAUGCCCGCCUCGUCUUACACAGAGCCACUGGCCAGCUUCUCGCUGUGCGCUGGGGCAGCGAGGGGAGUGACCCCGAGUCUCCCCCAGUGGAGACAGCGACCUCGGUCACGGACCCUCAGCAGGAAGGCUGCAGGAGACCUCAAUAGGAAACGGGGAUGUGCAGGGGCGAUCCGCGGACUGUCAGCAGCCUGGGAGGGGCGUGGUCGUUUCAUCCGAGCUGCGCGCUGCGACCCCCAGAUGCGACUGGAGGCCGCGUAGUGGGUGUCAAGAGGUUGGAAUGCCUCUAGGGGCCAGGAUUUCGCCCCGGGACUAUGGGGACAGCUCCCUCCUGGGGAGGGGCCUGGAUGCCUCCAACGCCAAAAUGCGCUCAGCUUCGGUGCCUUCCGGGCGCCCUUCUGCCCGGCUGCGGAACUUGAACAGGUGGCUGGGGAGGGGCUGCCUGGUCGCAGCCAGGUUGGGCACAGGUCUGCUGCUUAAGCGUCGCUCUCAGAUCAGGGACCGGGUGGAGGGAGCUGGUGGGGGCUUUCCUUUGAUUUUUCAAAAACCCCUUGGACAGAAUUCCCUCUUUCUUUUUCUGUAACCUUUCCCCUAGUGUGAGCUCCGCCCCUCAGUUAUUCGGGAAGUUCUCCCACAUACCUAGCCUUCCUUACUGCAGUUCCAGCCCCUGCACAGAAUUCAGCCGCGGUUGUUUCUUGGUAGAGGUUAGCAGGGAGCUCUUAAAACCAUAGCCCUUUUCUGGCCGCAUUUGAAGUCCUCUGAAAAGAGGCUUUGUGAAGCUGGGUCUGCUGAGUGAAGUCAACUUGGCCCCCUUUCCCCCUCCAGACCAUGCUUGUUCUCAUCUCAUCGGGAAUCCUGCCCACCUCUGUCUCCCACCCCCACUCCCAAAAAAGGCUGUGUGCCCUUUGCAAUUUGGAGCAUAAUGCCAGGGCUGAGUGGCAUCUUCAGGUAACAGAAAUGUGCAAUCAGUAGUUAGAGAAACACACAAAAGAGCCAGUGGGCUCACGAUCACACCCUCGUCUUUUCUUUUGAAAAACAUCAUUUUUUGGUGUUCAAUUGCUCUGAUCAUGAACACCUACUCCUCUGCUCUGGAGAAUGUACCCACGUCACUACCUGCCACAGCACCUGAGUUGGCUACAGAGCAGGGACUGCAAUGCUCCAUACUCUACCUCACAAGCAAGUUCCAUUGGGUGCCAUCUGCCUGGCACAAAAAGUAUCUUAAAGCAUUACCUCCAGAGCAAAAUGAACAGAAGAUAAAGAAAAAAAAUCAAACCUCUGGGCUGAAACUGAAGAAAUGCUGCAACAGACAACUAAUAAGACUCCGAGUGUAAUGGCAGAACUCUGAAGGCUUUGCUGGCAACUGGCAAAUGACAGAUUCCGUUUCACGUUCGUGUCUUAUAAAUAAUGAUAAAUAAUGUUGCUGGGCCAGGAAGCCCAGCCCUUUGGGUACUUAAGGCAUCCGUGCUUUCUGGCAGGGCUGCGUGCAAAAGACUGCUGCUCCCAGCUUCACGAGGGCUGGCCUUGUCUUAGCCUCUUUCUACCCCUCAAAUCAAGGUCUCUCCCUUCUACCUGUCCCUCUGCUGGAAAAUGUCAAAAUGCUCAAGUGUGUAGAGCCUUGUGCACAUUACCAUGUGGCCUGCCCAUGACAGCCCUGGGAGGGCACUGUCUUCACCCCUGUCUGCAGAUGAGCAAGGGAGGUGUAGAGAGGUUCAGGGACUUGCCCAGAGGUGCCCAGGUAGGAGGCAGCUGGGCCAGAUUGGAGCCUUUAUCUCACUACAAAGCUCUUCUCACCAGAUCGUCCUGCCUUUUCUCAAACAGCUUCUGGGUUGCCAUUAAAAAUAGAACCAAGUACUUGACUACCCAGUGGAGCCCAGCUCUGAGGUUGGGCUGGUGGCAGCAUGAAGGCAUUAGAAGUGAGCACAACAGAUACACAAAUUGCAUAACACACCUUUUCUCGUCUCCUUUUCUCUUCCCUUCCUUUAUUUUUCCUUUCCUCUUUUUGUCCUCCUCUUCUCUCUUCUCCCUUCCUCCCUUCACUUCUCCUCUCCCCCUCUUCCUCCAUCCCUCCCUUUCCCUCCUGCUCUCCCUCUUCUCCCUCCUCUCCUCCCUUCCCCUUCCUCCUCCCUUCCCUUCCUCUCCUCUCCUGUCCUUUUCUCUCCUCUUUUCCUCUUUCUCUUUCAGUCUUUCCCUAUGUCUGUGUCUCUCUCACAAUCUCUGUUUCUCAGUCUCUCGGUCACUGUCUCUGCCUCUUUCUCUUUUUUCUCGCCUUCCCCUGGGUGCUGGACUAGUCACUGCAGUCAGUCAUCUGCUGCCCGCCUUCUGAGACACUCACCUCAUUCUUUGUAUCUUUGGUGAGACCCAGCCAAGCCUCGGGACAUAGGAAAGGGGUAGCAAACCUUUUUUCAAGGUUUUCCAAAGGCAUCAUCAGCCAACAUUUGUUCAAUCUCAUGCAUUUUGGAAUUCCGUGGGUAUAGAAUGUAAGCAAACAUCACAGAGCAGGUACUAUUGCCAGGGACUGAAGACUUCUGGGGACAUGGAAGGGAAGAAGAGACUUUGGGCUUAGACAACAGCAGCUUGUGCCACUUACCAAGGCCUUGCCUCCCACACCAACUCUAGAGAACCCACUAGAGCCACUCAGAUCCCCUGCUGCCAUCGAAAGCUCUCCACCCAAAGACAGCUCCAGGGUCCGGGAGUCUUAGCCUUGCCCCUCCCCCAACCUCUCAUCACUAAAGGAGAAGCUGCCUCCAGCAUGCCCACAGCUCUGCCAGGGCCUUAAUAUAGCAGCCUUGAGGCCAGGGAUGGCCCCCAUGCCUGCUUUGUGCCAGCUCUGUGCUGUGCAAUAGUGGGGGAAGAUAUGGAGAAGGUUCUGGAACCUGAGCGCGGAGGAGUUCUUUAACCCAGUCACGUUCACCAGCCUCACCGCAGGAUCUUGCACACCAGUGUACCCAGCCUUUCUUCCCACCAUGGCACACUGAGGAAGAGGAAACAGUAGCCCCACACCCUGGGGAGGGGAGCAAAAAGACAGCCAUGGAUGUCUCCUGAGAGGGCCCAGCUGCCCCGAGCCCUGCCCAUUGCCCGCAGGUGGGAGGCUCACUCUUUCCAAAGAGUUUCCUGAAACUCCUUCCUGGUGGGUCAGCUAUAUGGCUCUGUUUUUUGUGUUUUUUUUUUCAGGCGGACUUUUGCUCUUGUUGCCCAGGCUGGAGUGCAAUGGUGCUAUCUCGGCUCACUGCAACCUCCACCUCCUGGGUUCAAGCAAUUCUCUUGCCUCAGCCUCCUGAAUAGCUGGGAUUACAGGCAUGCACCACCACACCCAGCUAAUUUUGUAUUUUUAGUAGAGAUGAGGUUUCUCCAUGUCGGUCAGUUUGGUCUCGAACUCCUGACCUCAGGUGAUCCACCCGCCUUGGCCUACCAAAGUGCUGAGAUUACAGGUGUGAGCCACCACAAAGCCCGGCCUGCAUGGCUCUGUCUUAAACCACACUCCCAACACAGGACCAUUCAGAGAGGUUUGAUCCAAACGGCCUUUCUCCACCGACUCCAGGCCUGGCGCUGGGCUUGAAACUUUUCCUAUCUGUGUUUACUCUCAUUUUCUCUUGAAAUAACCCAGAGGCAGCUUGUCCAGCGAGGCCCAGGUAGGUGACAGUGCCAGAGCAGGCUCUUCCCUGAUGCACCAAGUGCUGCCAGCUAGAAUCCUCACUCUGGACCCCCUUUGCCCUUGGGUAAUCGUCACCGCCAUCACUAUGAAGAGCUUCAUGCAGGACUCUAACUCGUGCAUGUAACUGCCCACAGCACCUCAAGGUAGAUAUUAAUUAUCUACUGUCCUAGGUGUAGAAAAUGAGGUUUAAGAUGUAUACAGCUCCUGAGUAUUGCCUUCUAUUGUCCGGACCAUGGCCAAGGUGGAACUUAGGAGCUCUUCUUGGUACACUGGUCAGGGGAAAUCCUUUACUGGAACCGUGCAGAUUUGGGAAGGGGCGGGUAGGGGGUUGUUACAGUCAUCUCAGGCUGACAUCAUAAAAUAUGAUAGACUGGAUGGUUUAGACCACAGGUGUGAACUCUUCACAGUUCUGGAGGCUGGGAAGUCAAAGAUGAAGGUGCCUCUUCUUGGCUUAGGUAGCCGGCUUCUUCACACAAGUUCCCUAAGGCAUGACUCAGGAGCACCAAGGGCUGUGGGUUUAACAUCAGCCGCCCUCACACCAGGGCAGGGUUUCCCAACCUUAGCACUGCUGACAUUGGGGCCACAUCAUCCUCUCAAAAUGCUCACAUGGAGGAGGAGAGGGCACCAGCUUUUUGGUCCGUCCUUAUAAGGGCAUUGAUCUGACCAUGUCCCUCACGAACUCAUCUAUAUCUAAUUUCUUCCCAGUGGCCCUGUCUCCAAAUACCAUUGUAUACAUGGAGGAUUAGGUCUUCAACAUAUAAAUUUUGGGGACACACAAGCAUGAGUCCAUCACAGAUAUGUUCUCUCCUGUCUCUGCUUUACAACUGUUGCUUACUCUUUAAUCAUUCAGGAAGGGGCCCUGAGGGUCCCGUCUCAGGUCUGCCUUCCCCUAAUGCUCCACUCUCUGUCUCUUCUCUACCUUCUUCUGUUCUUUAAUCCUUUCUCUCUUCUAAUAAGGAAACACUAGCUCCUUUUAACUGGAGCCAGCUGAUUUAGUGAGGAGAAGCUGGUGGUCUAAGUGGACCCCAGCCUGCAGAUUGACUUAAUGGCUCCACUACAGAGCCAGCUUUGGAGGAACCCCGUGUCACAGACUUUAAAAAAAUCUCAAUAGGAAAAUCAGAUCUUUCAAAUAAACCCCCUGUGUCAGUCUCCACAGACAGCCCAGACUCAGGAUUUCCAGGACAUAGUAACAGAAGUGCUGAGUAGGAAGGGGCCUUGGGUCACCACACCCUGAGUGUCAGAGGCGAGGGGGCCACAGCCAAACUGGAGCAGCAAUGCACGGGGAAGGGGCUGGUGGGCCUCUGUCUCCUCAUCUGAAAACUGGGGCCCGGCUGAUCUGGAAUACUCCUUCUACUUCUCACUUUGUGUCACACAUGCCCCAGAGAGCCUCUGCCCAUAGCUUUUAGGUUGAAGGUGGGUCGGUGUGGUCUCAUGGAGGGUCAUUGCCAGAGGAGGGGAUUUCCAGCCAGAACAGCCUUGGCGGCUACUUAGUUCAGUGGCUCUCCACCCUUUUGCUGCUAAGACACAUACACAGGCUAUAAGUCACCCGCCUGCUGGGCAUGCCACUGUCCCUCCUUCAUUCGUUCAGCAUAGGCUCACUGAACACCUGGUCUAUAUCAGACAUGCAGGGUUCAGGGUCACAGCCACAGACAGGACAGACAGGUCCCUGCUCUUCAGGAAUGGAUAUUCCUAUGUAUGAGGCAGUUGACACUUCUAGGUGCUGAGGUGUGUUAUGGUGAAAACAGAGUAGGGGGUGUGUGGGGAGUGGCUGGAGGGGCUGCUAUUGGCUGAUUAGGAGAUGGGAAGCUGUCAGGGAAGGCCAUGUGUAAGCCAAAACCUGAUCCACAAAAAGGACCUGAAGGGAAAACCUUCUAGGAAGAGGAAAGGGCAAGCCGAGGCCCCGAGCAGGAGGGAACCUGAUGAGGAUGCAGGAGAGGGAGUGAGGAGGAGGCCAGGGAGUGGCCCUGGGGAGGCUCCGAGGUCAGGGUCAGAAGCCUGCUUUAUUUCAUAUGAGAUCAGUGCCAUUGAAGAACUUGGGACAAGGAAGUACAGUGGUCUGGUCUAUGUUUUUGUUUUUUGGUUUUGGGGAUUUUUUUUGAGACAGUCUCACUCUGUCGCCCAGGCAACAGUGCAGUGGUGUGAUCUCGGCUCACUGCAACCUCUGCUUCCCAGGUUCAGGCCAUUCUCCAGCCACUGAGACUACAGGCACACACCACCAUGCCUGGCUAAUUUUUUGUAUUUUUAGUAAAGAUGGGGUUCACCAUGUUAGCCAGGAUGGUCUUGAUCUCCUGACCUCAUGAUCCACCCACCCUGGCCUUCCAAAGUGGUGGGAUUACAGGCAUGAGCCACUGUGCCUGGCCUGUCUAUGUUUUUAGCAGACCUUCCAGCUCCAUUUGGAGAUGGAGAUACCAGAAGACAGGGGAGGCUACCAGGUGACUCGUCUGGAGAUUGUGGCAGGCUGGAGACCUGGGGCCAUGUGGCAGCAGCAGAGGUGGGAGAAGUGGAGGGAUGGCCCAGAAAAGGGGAUGAAGAAUGAAGGGUGACCUUCCAGAUUUGGGGCCACAGCAGCUGGCCAGGCGAUGGCACCAUGGCCAAGUAGGGAAAGAUGGAAGAAGGAGCAGUUGUGGGAAAGAAAGCCAAAGGCAUGCCCAUGGGGGUGCCAGAUCCUGACACUACUACCUGAUACCUCACAGCCGGAAGUAGGAAGUAGUGCUGGACAGUUCCAUAGGGCAGAAUUCAGGAGCCCCAACGGUUAUGGGCUCAGCCUCAGCUGCGGCUCAGAGCAGGGCAGGGUUUCCCAGCGGUAGCACUACUGACUCUGGGGCAGGAUCAUUCUCUGCUACAGGAGCUGUCCUGUGUACCAAAAGCAUUUAGCAGCACCCCUGGCCUCCCUACAGUGGAACCAGUAGCGCUCCUCCUUCUCCAGCUGUGAUGACCAAAAAUGGGCUCAGACUUUGCCACAUGUCCCUGAAGGACAAAAUUGCCCCUGUGGAGAAUCUCUCCAGUCUAGGGGAAGCAUUGUUUAGGGUUGCAGGGACAGAGGGCAGAGGGGGCAGGCACGAUUCCUGGUAACUGGAAUUCCAGUCACUUCUCUUCCCUUUGAGAAAGCACAUGGGGCCAGGCGUGAUGUCUCAAACCUGCAAUCCCAACACUUUGGGAGGCCAAGGUGGGCAGAUCAUCUGAGGACAGGAGUUCGAGAUCUGCCUGGCCAACAUGGUGAAAUCCCAUGUUCUACUAAAAAUACAAAAAUUAGCCAGCCGUGGUGGUGCAUGCCUGUAAUCCCAGCUACUCAGGAGGCUGAGACAGGAGAAUCACUUGAACUUAGAAGGCAGAAUUUGCAGUGAGCUGAGAUCCCACCACUGCACUCCAGCAUGGGUAACAGAGCAAGACUGUCUCAAAGAAAAAAAAGGCCAGGCAUGGUGGUACACACCUAUAAUCUCAGCAUUUUGGGAGGUCUAGGCAGGUGGAUCACCUAGGGUCAGGAGUUUGAGACCAGCCUGACCGACAUGGUGAAACCCCUUCUCUACUAAAAAUACAAAAGUUAGAUGGGCAUUGUGGUGUGUACCUAUAGUCCCAGCUACUCAAGAGGCUGAGACAGGAGAAUUGCUUGAACCUGGGAAGCAGAGGUUGCAGUGAGCUGAGAUGGUGCCACUGCACUCCAGCCUGGGCAAGAGAGUGAGACUCCAUCUCAAAAGAAAAGAGAGAAGAAGCACAUGGAACCCAAGUGGGGGAAGUGAUCAUAUUAAUGGGAUGACCUGGCAUCCCCUUAGGGGCCAGCCCCUCCUUUAUUCAUAAUAAUGCUUACCCUGCCCACAAUGCCCAGCAGAUGUCCACCCUGGGGCUGCCAACCACUGAUGCUUCCCAGUUCUUAGGCUGUGCAAGCCCAGGAAGCUCAAGAUGGGUGAGGCAGAGUGACUUACCCAAGGUCACAUGGCUCAGGAGCAGAAAGUGGCCAUGGGGCUGCCUGGCUGGGGCUCUGUCCCAGCGUAACCUCCCCUUGGGUGCACACCUGGGCAAAGGUGGAGCAACACACAGCCACCGUAGCAUGGGGCAGCAAUAGUCACAGAACACCGAUGGAAACUCACUCCCAUGGCCUCUGUGCCUCCGGCCUCCAUUGAGGUUCACCUGCGCGCACUCGCAGAGAGGUGGCGCUGCCCUCCAUGACAGCCUCCCCUCAACAAGGAUGCCCUCCCCAGCGGUCUCAUGGGCUUGCUCUCCUGGGAAACAGCUUCAAAAAGGGAACAAACUGGUUCUAACCCCCAGGGAGGGCCCGCGUGGAUCUGCCUCCAACACCCCGCCUCACCCCCCAAUUCUUGUUCUGCAUCCCUGUGAUACCCCAGGAUACCCCGGGAAGUACUGCAUGAGACCCUCUUUCCUGCACUGCAAGGCAGGGCAUGGUACCAGACAAAGGACUUUUUUUCUAGCAUAUCAACUUCUUCCUAUGAAAAAUUUUUCAAAGCUGCAAAAAUGACAUCCCAUGACUUUACUGUUUGUUCACUUCUUCCUCCAACCGUAAAAGAAAGAAAGGAACAAGAUAAAUUAAAAGAUGAGGGACCGGGGGGAUGGGAAAAUCAAGUUGGAAAAUGAGAUGAUGGCUGCAUCCGGCUAAUGUCCACAGGACCGGCUGCAGAGGCCAGCUGGGGGCCAAGGCAGGCCACAGCUUUGUCUCUGAGCUUCCUGGGGACCAGGACAAAGAAAGGAGCAUGGCCAGAUAUGUGUUCACAGGUGACAUACAAUAAAAGGAGAGUAUUUCAUAAUAGGAGCCCAGCUCUUCCUGAUACAGAGGCCUAGAAGAAAUGAUCCCCCUCUUUCAAGGGGCAUUCUAUUAAAAUGGACUCUGUUGAAAAGGCAGCCUGGGGGAGGGGAAAGAGGUCAAGCUUUGGGGUUGGACCCCUAGAGUUCAAACCACCAGUUUCCAGGCAACUGUGUAGCUUUGGGCAGGUUAGGUAACCUCUCUGAGUUCUUGUUGACAUCUGGAAAAUGACGGAUAAUGAGGCAGUGAAUGCGAAGGUGCCCAGCACGUACCCCUGGAUGCCCCGCACGGAGUGAUCGUUAGGAUUCCUCUGGGUGGAAUCAGAGCAGUCCCUGCUGUCUGCGUUCCUCGAGGCUCCUGGGUGUUAGCUGGUGAGAUGGAGACAAUGACAACUGAGCUGCCAACCUCCACCACGCACAGGGGACCCUUCCUGUGAAGCACCCCGGUUUUUACAAAGCAGACACUUCCGCCCCCACAGACUCCGGGCUCUCUGCAGGCUUUCCCCAGGCUCUGUCUGGACCUGGACUUGAAUCAAACCCUUUCCUCCCCGAUUAGUCCACGUGGAAGCUGCAGCAGUAGAUGGCUUCAUGGUGUGUGGGCUUAUAAGGGCUUUGGAUUUUAACUGGAGCUGCCCUUGCGCCUCCACGCCCUUCCUCCACCCCACCCCCAUGCCAUACCUCUGAGGACUACAGACCCAGAGCAAGCUCUCCGCUGUCACUACAUCCAACUCUGCUCCCUGCUACCACAGCAAGCCCACAGAGGUGGAGGUGUUAGGAAAUGCUAUUUAAUUGCCUCUCCUUCUACCGCCAUCACCCCAUUUCUGAAAGAGAAUGAGGCAAGGCAGAGGGCAGUUUCUUGACUCAAGCUCAGCUCCGGACAGAGCCCGGGAAAAACCAAAUGACCAAAAAUCAUCAGUCUCCCUGGCUCACCUGCCACUAGCAUCUGUCACCUCCUGGCCCCAGGGACACAGGGAGGCUGGAUCUUUCUUCCAGCUCCCCCUCUCCUCCCCUACAUUAGUCCACAUGGAAGCAGCGGCAUCAGCCAGCCAGCACUGAAGCCAUGUGGCCCCAGGUUUGAGUCCAGACUCCGAAACUUGUCAGCUGUGUGUCUUCAGACAAAUUACCUAAACUCUCUGAAGUCCAGUUCCUUCAUUGCUAAGUUAGGGGCAUCAUAGAAUCAACUCUGGGGUUGUGGUGAAGUUAUAUGAGAAAAACAUGGAAAAGACCUUCUCGUGCCUGGUACCUUGUAGAUGUUCAAAACAUAGCAUUACAUUCUAUUUUCAUGUUUCUUGACUCUUGGAAUUUUUCCCAGGAGACAUAAGUUGCCCAGACUUUGUAAGCUGCCCCAGGUCAGCUAGCCAGCCCUCUGGAGUUCAGGAAUGGAGGAAGCUGAGCCUCCCCAGUGGAGGCCACAGUGUGAUCUCCUCAUCUCUCAGGCAGGGUGGCUCUGAAAGGCUCAUGUGAACUGCAGAAUCAGAGGCUGAGGCUCUCAGUUGGGAGCCAAAAGAGGGCCUGGCAUGCAGGCUGUGCCCUGGCUGGGGGUGGCAGCCACCCAGGGGUGUGUUCCCAACAUCACAUUUUCUGGCACAGUGACUUUGCCAAGUGCCCCAGCCUGGCCCCAGGGAGGCAGAGAGGAACUGGGGAACUUCCAGUAGCCUCAGGGGUGGGAACUGAGUGCCCAGAUUGGUGCUCAGAAGCAGAGACAGCGCUCAUGAGGUUGAGGCUGACCUGCGCAUCCCACUGUCACUGACCAUUCCACUGUCACUGACCGACACCUGCCCAGAGCCCCGCUGCCUCAGGCUCAAGGCUGUAGCUGUGAACUCCCCAGUGUCUCAGGGUGAGGGCCAGGGUAAAGGAGGACAAGGGACCGGAGUAAAAACCUUCAGGAUUGGAGUCAGGGGACUGCGGCCUGCUCCUGACUCCGCCACUAGCCAUCUGGACAGUCUUCAGCUUGUCCCUCAACCUC